UCAGACAUCGCCGGCUUAGACAAACCUCUGGACACAAAGAACCUCCUACGGACAAGACCCAGCCAAGGCCAAGAAGGACCAAGCAGCGGCUGAGGAUUUGUUUGAAAUGUCAUACAUUUAAAAAAUGGUGUUUCAACACCUCAGAGCACGGGGGAUUCUGGGACAGUUUUCUGUGGACACCCGUUGUGGACUGAGAAGAUGAAAUUGGUCAUCUUGGAAAUCCAGCAGUGACAGUUUGGAGAGAGUUGACUGGACCUUAAGGGGCCAUCGAGGAAGACGAGAAGCAGCUCUGGUGAUUGAUUGACAGGUCUGAGCUGUAACCAUGGGAACGAGGAUGGAGGUGGCACAGCUUGAGAACAGGAUGAACACUGAGGACUAUAGAAAGCUACAGGGCCUUUUCGUGGACCCCUCGGGUGCACCGCGCUCCUUGUCCAGAGCUGAAUUCAUCAAUCUGGCUUGGUCAUCAGUCGGUCGUGGUUCCAAGGAGGAAUAUGGCCUCCUGUUUGACAGCGUGGUUGUCACUCAGGAGCACCGUGGCCUCCUCCUGGAUAUCGACGCAGUGAAGGAAGAGGGACGUGUCGACUGGGGAGGCCUGUGCUCUUUCCUGCUGCUGGAGCUCUCUGAUAAAGUGAAGAACACCAGAAGCAGUAGCGUGCCUUGCUGGAAGCCACCGCGCACUUUGACCUGUCCGCAUCGGGACCCAGUUCAAAAGGUGUUGUACCUGCAGAGUUCAGGUCAGUAUCUGACCGUGAGCAAAGGAGGAACUGUGGGGCUGCGGGACAGAGAGGACAUGUCCCUCCUGCACACACAUCGACUGCAAAACAGCACCGUCACACCCAAAGACCUCUGGGUCACAGACAUGGUGCUGCUGCACAAUGUAAACAAGAUAGCAGUUUCUUUCACAAGUAAGGAGGUGUGUUUUUAUGACUUACUAUCGAAAGUGGAGUUUAGCUGCAAGUAUAAACUCCAGGGUUUGAAGUUUACUCCGUGGUGUCUAGACUACUGGGUGGAUCCUUCUCAACCGGAUCUGGCCGUCCUCACCAUAGGAGACAUUGGAGGACAGGUCAGUGCUUUAUAUUUUACCUCAGCUGAGAUCUCUCUGUUUGAGAGACUCAGCCUGCGGAUGGACUCAGACUCAGCAGACAUCGUCCUGUGGGACGACCUGGUCAAAGGAAAGCAUCACUGCUGUUACACUGUGACGCACCGAGCUCACGCACCUGCCUGGGUUAGAAAAGUACGUUACCUGGGCUCACUGGAAGCCUUUGUGUCCUGUAGCACCAGACCGCAGAGCAGCAUGGUGAUCGGCUGGAGGGAAAAGGAAAGCAGGGGUCUACGAGUCACUUUGUUCUUUACAAAGAGGGGUGUGUGGGACAUGGACCACCACCAUGGACUCAACCUGAUAGCCACAGCAGGUGUGGAUCAUCAGGUCUUGCUGUGGAACCCUUAUGUGACUUCAGAGCCGGUUUGCAGGCUCGUCGGGCACACGAGCCCCAUCACCGCAGUUCAGUUCAUGCAGACCAAGCAACAACUGCUCAGCUACUCCAAAGAUAAGGUCCUGUGUCUAUGGGAUGUAUCUCUUCAGAAGUGUGUUCACCGUCUGGCUGGUGUCUUCCCAAAGACGCAGGAGGACACACACACCAUCCUGUUUCUCCACGAGGAGCGUCAACUCCUUUUGCUUUCCUUCAACAGUCUGCUUCUCCUGCUGGAGACUACGAGGGAGGAGAAGCGGACCAGCAGCCAUGAGCACCCUGUUACCUGUGUGCUGUAUAAUAGUCUGUUCAGACAGGUAGUUAGCAGUGACUCUGCCUCCUCUGUGAUCUGCUGGCUGGCUGACACAGGCCAGAAGGUCAAGCAGUUCCACCGUUGCCACGGCAACGCCGAGAUCUCUGCCAUGGCCCUGGAUGGUACGCAGACCCGGCUGUUUACUGCAGGCGCUGACGGAGAGGUCAAAGUGUGGGACUUCAAUGGCCGCUGCCUCCACAGAAUGAAUGCCGGCCUGGGUCGGGCUGUGGAGAUCUCACAGGUCCUGCUGCUGAAGAGGAGUAUACUGGUGAUGGGCUGGGAGAGGAUGUUAACAGUUUUCCGACUGCAUUCCUUCUCGCAGUCUUUUGUCGAACCGUCAGAGUGGAAGGGAGGCGUUCAGCAUCGCAGUGAUGUGCUCUGUGCUGCAUUCCAGCCUCCACAGACUCUGGUCACAGGAAGCUAUGACGGAGAGAUUAUAGUGUGGAACAACAGCACUGAAAAAGCUCUGAGGAAACUGCGGCCACAUGCUGAACACAGAGAAGGUCAUUUCACCGAUUCUGCUCUUUGUGUGAACAGUAAAGAAAACUCGGAUAACUCUGAUGCGAUCACUGCAUUGUUCUUCAUAUCAGAACGCACAACUGCUGUUGCAGCUGCAGGUGGUGCAGACUUGGUGUCCUGUGGAGCGUCAGGUGUGGUCAGACUUUGGAACACCGUCCACAGCUGUCUGGUGGGACACUUCACAGCUCACAACAAGGACCUGGGGUCUAUCGUCACAACUGUCAGCCCCUGUGGGAAAUAUUUAGUCACAGCCGAUAGGGAGGGGACACUCAAGACUUGGGACAUACAGCAUUAUUGUCUUGAGCCAUGUGAUGGAGUAACGAAAGAAACUCCAACACUACUGUGUCGUUUCCACCCUCACCUUGAUCGUGUGACCCACCUGGAGAUGUGUCUCCAUGGCGACACACUCCUCCUUCUCUCUGCAUCGUCGGACUGCAGCGUGGCUCUGAGCUACCUGCCUGGGAGUACCAUCGGCCUGUUCGGACAGGAGGAGCAGUGGUGCUUGGAGAGACCUGCACCCCUGCACCCACAGCAGGAACCAGAGCGGAACCAGAGAGAACAGGGAGGCCAGGGAAGGGAAAGGACACCUCCCGUUCCCAGUGAGACACUCCCUGACCUGGGACCCAACACCCCUGCAGAGGGUGGAGAGUGGACAGAAGAAAACUUUUAUUCAGGUGAAGAGUUGACGGUCUAAAGUGCAAUGUGCUGGUUUUGUACAACUUUGUUUUUAUUGCUUUGUUUCA